UUGGCCGGAGUCGACGACUGUGGUGCGAGACAUGUGUACGGAUGCGCCGGCUCAAGCUCCGUUUGACCCCUGGCAGAGCGGCACCUAUGCGAAUACCAGUAGGUCGAGUCAAUGCACUCCUGUAGAUUGCAUACUGACUCCGAAAGGCUAUGUUCCCGUCACUACUGGCGGGUCCGUUGUGCUGGACGGACGUACCUUUUACGAGGGCAAUGUCUACUUUUCCAUCCCGGCCGCAAGCGUAACGAACAACUGUGGCGCGACCUUAGGCAGUGUUCACUCCGACAUUCUACUCACGUUAGCGUCGAGCGAUAUCUACUCCGUGCGAAACGACAGGGCGGGAGUAUAUCCAAUCAGCUAUGCCGACUUCAACCCGCCCUAUCCGUGGAGGUAUGUGUAACCUGCAUCACGCCCCUCGGUGCCAGACCUAACACGAGCAGUGCCUACAGAGGCGCGCUCCACGACUGCGCUUCCGGCAUGAACUUCGGCCAGGGACCUUGGUGUUCGCGCUCAGUCGUGUUCGAAGACAAUUUCCAUCCCGUCGUCCAGCUGCCGAUAUCGAUGCAGCAGCUCGAUCCGGCUUGGGUGGGUUGCAAGCCCAUCGAUGCCCUUCUCGAUCCACCGGUUGCGCUGUCAACCGUCGCGAACUUGCUCACUUCCAGAUAUAACCCGCCGAUUGCAUUGUCGACCGCUGCGCUACCGGCCAGUACGCCUGAAGCCGCCGCCUCGCGAACCCCUGCUUCUACCGCUGUGCCUUCUCCUGCACCUGGACCGGAUCGCAACGCGGAUCAACCUGGCCACGGCGGAUCCGACAACCAGCUUCCACAUACAGCACCCGCAGGCCAAGGAAACCCCAUCACAGUCGUGCCACCACAGAUCACCGUCGGACCAACUGUUCUCCCAGUGCGAGGCACAGGGCUCGUCAUCCAGCCCGGCGUCACCGUCUCGCGAGGCGGUCCCGCAGCCAUCAUCGGCGGCACCACCGUCCGCCUCGGCGACGCCUCCAUAACCCUCGAAUCCCCGUCCGGCACGUCCACGAUCGCCGUCCCAAACACAUAUUUCUCCUUCUCCAUCAUGGUGGGCGGGCGGCAACUCACAUUCCUAGACGAGGACAAUAUAGUGGCGCAACCAGUUCUGCUCGACUCCAACGACCCCGCCGUCACAGUAGCGGGAAGCAUGAUUGUGAGCGCUGGUUCGAGCGGGAUUACGAUCAUCGACAUUGAGACCGGAAAUAUCCAGUAUAUUCCGUUCGAGCGCCUCGCAAGCAUGAGCAGUGUGACCGCGGUCAGAGUCGGCGGUCAGGUUUUGACCCUGGACGCCAAUGGAGAUCUGAUCUUGGGCUCGGGGAAGACGCUGCAUCCUGGGGAUCCUGCCGUUACUAUCUCGGGCACUGUCGUUAGUAUUGGUACCGCGGGGAUUGUGCUCGUGGAUAGCAGUGGGGUCACGAAGACGCUGAGCGAAGACGCGACGCGGACAAUGGACGGCGCUGGAGCUACCACAAUGGGCGAUCAGGGUUCGACGCGGCCGGGUGAAGAGCAGAAUGCUGCUGGGACGGCGGCUCCAACCAACUCGAAGAAAGCCGAGGCGUCAACCAGCAAGGCAGCUGUAAUAGUGCAGAUAAUAGCACUUCUAAUCCUGGGCUCUGCCUUCCAGGGACUGGUUUAGUAACGACGGUAUAGGAGGACCGCUUAUGCGGAUGUUGAACGGCUGAGAAAAAAGGCAUACCAAUGGCGCAACGGCUCGGCUUUCUGGGUGAUCAGGAUACCCGCAGCGCGAAUUUUCAUAUAAACCUGAGGCAUGAAGCCUCUAUUUCCGGUACGUCGGGCGCACAUGAGGUGAUAGGUGGUGGCUGGGGAAAAAGCAAGGGUUACCGAAACGGGCGAGUCUCGCCCCACGGAGAAGGCUGCGACGAGCCACGGCUGAACGCCAUCAGUGCCUUCGUCCUGCAAGCCACCUUCAGCCCGAACAGCUGGUCAGCCGGAUGUCAUACGAUGCCAUGGAAGAGAACA